UCACAAAAGACUUUGUUUGAUAACGCCAUUUCGCGUUGGGUCCCUUCCUGUAAACACGAAAACUGGAAAGAGCAUCGUUAAAAGAAUCUAUCCAGCUAUAGCGAUAACCGUACACUGGAAUGGACGCGGCUACUGAUUCAGGGAAUAUGGACAGUCAGGAGAAUGAGGAGGCACGGCUCUCUGCUGCGGUUAAAAUUCCUGACAGACUGUUGAAGAGGGACCAGGAGAGGCAAGAAGCAGUGGAACGACGCAAAGAGGAGAAAGAGAGCCAGGCCGUCACGGAGGAGAAAUGCGAUUUCUUCUCCAGCUCAUUUAAUGCUGAAAAGGCGGAAAUUCAAGAUAUACUGUCCGGCUGUUCAGAAAUGGAUCGCGACCAAGCUGCUCAAGUUUUAGAGGAGGUAACACUUAAAAUACAGCAGCUUCAAAAGUUCGUAAACGACAGCGUGGUUUUCCUGCCUCAGUAUGAAUUGAGACAAGCACAGGCGUCGCUACAGGCACUGCACGGUUCGUUAGCUGAAAAAAGAGACCAGAUUCUGCCUAAGAAGAAAUUUGCCUUCCGAGCUCGAGCUACAGCUAACAAAGCUAAGGCCCCUCCGGUUUCUACCGACAGUUCUCAGUGUGCAAAACCGGAGAGUGAUAACCAGAGCAUCGAAAGCGGUGGCCAAAAUGUUGUUGGUAACAGUAGCGCAGAGCAGUGUGGGUUGUCCAACGCUGACUCGCAGGUUUUGACCAUGGGAGCGGAGGAGAUCCGACAGCGGGACGUGCUGCUGACCCACUUGUCGAAUUGCAAAGUGAGACUUCUCGGAUGCCCCAGCACCCUGCACAUCAAACACGUCCGGAACUCGGAGAUCCUGUGCGGGCCAGUAUCUAGUUCUAUCUUUGUUGAUCAUGUCUCCGACAGCACCUUUGCCUUCCCCUGUCAGCAAUUGCGAACCCAUAACACGACCGACACUCAGGUGUAUCUUCACGUCACCAGCCGGGCCAUCAUCGAAGACUGCAGCGGCGUGCGCUUCGCUCCUUUCAACUGGAGUUACCCCGGAAUCGACGCUGAUUUCGAGGUGUCCGGACUGGACAGGGACCGAAACAACUGGACCCUUGUUGAUGAUUUUAAUUGGCUGGCCGCUGACACACACUCCCCAAACUGGGCCGUUAUUCCCGAAUCAGAGAGGCGAUCCAACUGGGACUGAGAUCCUGCUACAAGCAGAAUGGAAAGGGGUCCGGAUGGAAAGCAAACUAAAACCAUUUUAAAGGGAUAGUUCACUUUCCUUAAAAUUUGCGUCAGUUUACUGUCAGUCACUGUAUGUGCCACACAAAUAAAUUAACUAUGCCUUUACCAAAUGUCAACACCCAUUUCAUGUACCCUCAGAUGCCUUCUUGUAACGUUAGGGGGAAAAAAAUUAAGAUAUACCCAAAGAUGUUUUGUGCUUGACAGACAAUAGAAUAUAAACGCUGCAGAUAGAUGCUACUUGUCCACAGUAAACAGUGUAUCACAACCUGAACCCACAGUUCAAUAAAAGUAAAUUGUACAACCAAAUUAUUUUCUGUAUUAGACUAUAUGAUGUUGCAGCUUCAGUGAGCAUGUCAUUUCAGCCACGUAACAUGUAUUCAAAGGCUAGAAUUGUAAUGACUGCAUUUUAGUAAACAUGGUACAAUAGUCCCUUGUUUGGCUGGUGGGUAUAGCAUGAAUGUGUUGAGGCACUAGUGUUAAAAAUUAUAUUAUUAAAUGUUUAAUUUUUAGCAGACGACCCAAGUAUAGUGAAAAUCGUUUGAAGAAAAUGCAGAUUGAUGACAUUUCUAUCUUUGGCAGAUAUGUGCUGGGAUAUUUUAAACAGGCUUACAUUUUAAUACCCUUUAAUCCAUUGGUGGGCAAUUUGCUACCUGAAUUCUCUUCAAUCAUUAUGAGGAAUGGCAAAUACAAUUUAAAUUUGACAUUUGUUUGACAGUUAAAACUAAUAUAGGCCUAAUUUGCACGUUAUCAAUGUUUGCAUUGUGUUAUGAAUAAAAACUUGACUUGA